AUGGGCGGAUUUUAUAUGAAUGGUUUAUUGAAUUGUUUAAAUAAAUGUUUUUAAGAUUCUACAUGCCCUUGCCUUAAUUAACCAUAUGCUUGCACCUCAUUAGGAGCAAAAGCCACAUGUAAUUCGGGAUCAUAUAUAGAUCUCAAUGGAGUAGUAUAACCAUGCCCAUCUAAUUGCAGUUUACUAUCUGUAGGUGUAACUUGCACCAUUUGCUCAUCAACAGGAUUUCUUUCUAUAGUAGACGGAACUUGCGUUUCUUCUUGUCCAGAUACGUUUAUAAAAAACACUUAAAAUUAAAGUUGUUAAUGCCGUCCUAAUAGUUUUUUAUUUUAAAAUCAAUGCUUUUGUGACUCAGGUUUUAUAGAUGAUGGAGUUAAUUGUGUACCAUGUCCUAAAAAUUGUAAUAUAUGCUCCUCUUAAACAUAAUGCACUACUUGUCUGUCAAAAUAGUAUUUAUUUAUUGAUGGUUCUUGUGUUUCUUCAUGUCCUACUACAUUUGUUUCUAACGAUUCAACUUAAUCAUGUACUUGUCGUCCUAAUAGCUCCAUAUAACCAUCCAAUAAAUGUCUUUGUAACACCGGCUUUGUAGAUAUAGGAGGUGAUUGCUUACCAUGUCCUAAAAAUUGUAAUAUAUGCUCCUCUUAAACAUAAUGCACUACUUGUUAGUCAAAAUAGUAUUUAUUUACUGAUGGUUCUUGUGUUUCUUCAUGUCCUACUACAUUUGUUUCUAACGAUUCAACUUAAUCUUGUGAUUGUCGUCCUAAUAGCUCUAUAUAACCAUCCAAUAAAUGUCUUUGUAACACAGGCUUUGUAGAUAUAGGAGGUAAUUGCAUGACAUGUCCUACAAAUUGUAAUAUAUGCUCCUCUUAAACAUAAUGCACUACUUGUUAGAAAAAUUAUUACUUAUUUAUUGAUGGUUCUUGUGUUUCUUCAUGUCCUACUACAUUUAUUUCUAACGAUUCAACUUAAUCUUGUGUUUGCCGUUCUAAUAGCUCCAUAUCACCAGAAAAUAAAUGUCUUUGUAACACAGGUUUUGUAGAUCUAGGAAGUAAUUGUUGUUAGGAAAAAUAUUACUAAUUUAUUGAUGGCACUUGUGUUUCUUCAUGUCCUACUACAUUUGUUUCUAAUGAUUCAACUUAAUCUUGUGAUUGUCGUCCUAAUAGCUCCAUAUCACCAAAAAAGUAAUGUCUUUGUAACACAGGUUUUAUAGAUGAAGGAGUUAAUUGUGUACCAUGUCCUUCAAAUUGCGAUACAUGCUCCUCGGAAACAUAAUGCACUACUUGUUAGGAAAAAUAUUACUUAUUUAUUGAUGGCACUUGUGUCUCUUCAUGUCCUUCUACAUUUAUUUCUAACGAUUCAACUUAAUCUUGUGUUUGUCGAACUAAUAGCUCCAUAUCACCAAAAAAGCAAUGCCUUUGUAACACAGGUUUUGUAGAUAUAGCAGGUGAUUGUGUAUCAUGUCCUAUAAAUUGCGAUAUAUGUUUAUCAUAAACAUAAUGCACUACUUGUUAGUCAAAAUAUUACUUAUUUAUUGAUGGUACUUGUGUUUCUUCAUGUCCUACUACAUUUGUUUCUAAUGAUUCAACUUAAUCUUGUGAUUGUCGUCCUAAUAGCUCCUUAUCGCCAGGAAAGUAAUGUCUUUGUAACACAGGUUUUAUAGAUCUAGGAGGUAAUUGCGUUCCAUGUCCUGCAAAUUGCAAUAUAUGCUCCUCUUAAACAUAAUGCACUACUUGUUAGGAAAAAUAUUACUUAUUUAUUGAUGGUACUUGUAUCUCUUCAUGUCCUACUACAUUUAUUUCUAACGAUUCAACUUAAUCUUGCGUUUGUCGACCUAAUAGCUCCAUAUCACCAAAAAAGCAAUGCCUUUGUAACACAGGUUUUGUGGAUAUAGCAGGUGAUUGUGUAUCAUGUCCUAUAAAUUGCGAUAUAUGUUCAUCUUAAACAUAAUGCACUACUUGUUAGUCAAAAUAUUACUUAUUUAUUGAUGGUACUUGUGUUGCUUCAUGUCCUACUACAUUUGUUUCUAAUGAUUCAACUUAAUCUUGUGAUUGUCGUCCUAAUAGCUCCAUUUCGCCAGGAAAUUUAUGUGCUUGCAAUAAUGGUUAUAUUGAUGUUGCAGGUAGUUGUUUAGCAUGUACUGCAAAUUGUCUUAAUUGCGCCUCAUAAAAAAUCUGUAAGGUAUGUACCUCAGGAUAUUACUUAUUUCCAGAUGGAACUUGUGUUAAUCCGUGUCCACCUACUUUUGUAAUUGAUAAAUCUAACUAAUCAUGUACUUGUCGUGUUAAUAGUACAUUGUCAGCAAAUGUAUGUCCUUGUAAUACUGGCUACAUAGAUUUAGGAGGUGAUUGCUUACCCUGUGGAUCAAAUUGUGAUCAAUGUUCAACAUAAUCAACUUGCACUACAUGUUCUUAAGGAUAUUUCUUAUUUAUAGAUGGUUCUUGUGUUUCUAAAUGUCCACCCACUUUUACUAUAGAUUCUACUAAUACAAAAUGUAUCUGCCGUAGUAAUAGUUCUCUUUAAAACAAAACUUAAACUUGUCCAUGUAACGUUUAAUAUUUAGAUGUUUUAGGUAUCUGCUAAUAGUGCCCAUCUAAUUGUGAUUAAUGUUCUUCAUAAUUAGUUUGUAAAGUUUGUUCCUCUGGAUUUUACUUAGCAAUAGAUAACACCUGCGUUUCAUACUGUCCUACUCCAUUUGUCAAAGAUUAAACAAAUACUAAAUGUAUUUGUCGCCCUUAUAGUACGUUAUAAAAAAAUACAUGUCCUUGCAAUACUGGUUAUAUAGAUUUAGGAGGUAAUUGCUUACAAUGUGGAUCAAAUUGUGAUCAAUGUUCUACAUAAACAACAUGCACUGCAUGCUCUAAAGGGUAUUUCUUGUUUAUAGAUGGAACUUGUGUUUCUAAUUGCCCUUCUACAUUCACUGUGGAUUCUACUAAUACGAAAUGUAUCUGCCGUAGUAAUAGCUCUCUUUAAAAUUAAACUUGUCCUUGUAACAUUUAAUAUUUAGAUGUUUUAGGUGUUUGUUAAUAGUGCCCAUCUAAUUGUGAUUAAUGCUCUUCAUAAACAGCUUGUAAAGUUUGUACCUCUGGAUUUUACUUAACAAUAGAUAAUACCUGUGUUUCAUAGUGUCCUACUACAUUUGUCAAAGAUUCAACGAAUACUAAAUGUAUUUGUCGCCCUAAUAGUACCUUAUAAAAUUAAGUAUGUCCUUGUAUAUCAUCAGGAUAUAUAGAUCUGAAUGAUGUAUGUCAACCUUGCUCUUCUCAAUGUGAAAAAUGCUCUUCAUAAACAGUUUGUGUAACUUGUAUAAUUGGAUACUAUCUAACUAUUAAUGCUUCUUGUUCUUCGUCAUGCCCUACUUCAUUUAUUCAGAAUCCUUUUAAUAGAAAAUGUGUUUGCCUAACCAGUAGUAAUUUAAUCAAUGGCAUCUGUAUUCCAUGCGAUUCUAACUGUCAAACAUGUUCUGUUGUUAAUAAUAAAUAAUGUACAUCUUGUUUUGAUGGAUUUAUUCUAAAAGAUUCUACUUGCUUAUAAUAAUACCAAACAUAUAAUUCUACAGUAUUUACUAAACAAAAAAUUCAAUUAAUAAAAUAAAUAACUUAAACAGAAUAAUAAAUUUCUUCUUAUGGUUCUAUUGGAUUAAGUGCUGCUUUAAAUGUUAUGUCAAGCUCAAGUUUUGGAGUCUCAUAGAGUGGAUUAACAUUUCAAAGAUUAAGCUAUCUCAUUUUAGUCAAAACAAACUUUCCUGCUCAUAUAUUUCAGUUAAUUAAUUCUUUAAAAGAAACAGAACAUUUGAAUUAGAGUAUGAAUUUAUUAUUAGCUCAUGGAGGUGGGUUAUCAGUUAUCAAACAAAAACUUAUGAACUACUAUGAUAUAGAAAUGAUGCAUCAAGAGAAUUUCAAAAACUUAGUGAAAGUAAACUACUGGUCUAGAAAAAAAAAGAGAAAGUGA